GUGCAUAUGUAUACGCGCACGCAUAGAAGCAGUGAUGGUUAGUGAGGCCAACGCGAAAUGAGCAUAUGAUUACACUCUGAAGUCUAAACCACACACGUCGACGUUCAAGUGGACGGUCCAUAUAUCUCUCUUUUCUAUACCUAAUUAGCAUCUUCUCGCUCUCUGAUUUUAUUGAUAGAGUCGGUUGGGGUUUCUUCUAUAUGGUCGAUCUUACUCGAUCAAGAAGAAACCAGCAAAAUAUAAACACUUGAAAAGAUGAUGGGGCCGGUGGAUCAAGAGUCGUCUAUACCGCCUGGUUUUAGGUUUCAUCCGACAGAUGAAGAGCUUGUUGGAUAUUACCUCAAGAAGAAAGUCGCAUCCCAAAGUAUUGAUCUGGAUGUUAUCAGAGAAAUUGAUCUCUACAAGAUCGAACCAUGGGAUUUACAAGAGAGAUGCAGGAUAGGGUACGAGGAGCAAAAAGAGUGGUACUUUUUCAGCCACAAAGACAAGAAGUAUCCGACUGGGACGAGGACUAACCGAGCCACCAUGGCUGGUUUCUGGAAAGCCACAGGCCGGGACAAGGCCGUUUACCUCAACUCCAAACUAAUUGGUAUGAGAAAGACUCUCGUCUUUUACCGUGGUCGAGCUCCAAACGGCCAAAAAUCCGACUGGAUCAUCCAUGAAUACUACAGCCUAGAAUCCCACCAGAACGCUCCUCCGCAGCAGGAAGAAGGAUGGGUGGUGUGUAGAGCAUUUAAGAAACGAACGACGACCGUACCAACAAAAAAAAGACAACUUUGGGAUCCAAACUGUUUCCUAUACGACGACGCUACCCUCUUGGAACCUCUCGACAAGAACGUCCUCAUCAAGCGCGCCAAACAUAACACUGAUGGUCUAGCGGUCACACCGUUUAAGCAAGAACUACCCUUUGAGGCCAACCAAAUCAUCGAUGAUGGACUCUUUGGCUCUAUGUACCUCAAAUCCAUGGGUGAUGAUGAAUUAUCUCAGCUUCCUCAGCUAGAGAGCCCCUCUCUUGCCUCAGACAAGUUGCCGGAAACAAUUAGCCGCGUGGGGGAAGAUGAGGUUGGCGCCGAGAAGAGGAUGACGGAUUGGAGAGCGCUUGAUAAGUUCGUGGCGUCUCAAUUCUUGAUGAGUGGCGAAGAAUAAAAGGCUUUUUGGGGGUGAUAGUAUACCGUUCUAUGCAUGCAUGCAGCAUUCAUAAGAAACGUCGCAAGUUACGUGGAAUUAUUUAUGAUCUUAAUAAAAUCCAACAAAGGGAUUGAUUUUGGAUGGAUAAGCAGAAGAUGAGAGUGUAAUAAGAUAUAUAUAACGCUCUACACUUGCUGAGUUUUUCCCAAUGUUAAUGUAUAAGCAGGAAAAAUACGUUUGAACCCCAAACACAAA